ACAACAAAUACUGCCCAUGUAAACGACCCUCAUCCGGUGGAGGCUCAGUUGCUUAGUUUUAACACUCGUGGGAGGUCGACGUAUUGCGUACUCACCGACAUGAACGACAAGAUCGUAGAACAGCCUGCCAAGGAAAUGCCAGAUAUGAAAAAUGUGAAGCUUAGAAUGGCAAAUUUACACUUACAUGCUAACGGAGUCUUUAGUAAUGUUUACAGAGGCACACUGUUGUCCCCAGGUACGGCACCAAGAGAAAUCGCUAUUAAGAAAACUUGGCCAGAAAGUAAAGAUCGCAAUUUUGAAAUGAUAUUUCUUACCGGAAUCAGUAGAGAAAAACAUAAGAAUAUUAUACAAAUGAUCUAUGCCUUCUCGAACAAACGAGAUGACCGG